GAAUGAGCUCCCGCGGCGGCUCGAAUCGAUCCGCGCCCGAGUUGUACUCCACCGCGAUCUGCGACGUAGUAAUCGUACAUCUCUCGUGUCCGUGGCGGCUUCGCCUCCGCCUCCGCCUCCGCAGGCCAGUUCUCUCCAGAAGAAUCGUUUCUACGAUUAGCCCAGAUCGGAGAUCAUCCCAGGAACGGAGAAAGCAGCCGACAACCGCCUUUUCUCGACGAGCGUGACGAGUCCGACGGCACUCCGCCCGACGUCCAACGAACGCCGUUCAUCAACCGUGUGGGUCCGCCUCGUUUCGCUCCUUUCGCAAACAUUUUUCCCCCUUUACGACAUGCCGAGCCGCCGUUCAAUGAAACGUCCGCAUGAUUCAUGCAUGACGUAAAAUUCAUUCCUUGUGUCAGUAACUCGGUAUCGAGUUGUAAGGAUUGGAUUGGCGCAUGCGUCCCACUUGUUUACAACUAGUCUCGACAUGUACACACAGUCACACAUGACCUUUUCCAAGAUGGUUCCUCAUACGUAUUUUGUUGAAUAUCGUUCGUCCACAAGUGGAAAAAAGAGUGUCGUCCAGUUUUACGAUGUGGCCGAUUCGAGAGUGGAACGCGACUGCGAGAUACGCCGACUGUUUUGAUGUCAAUCUCACGACUAGGGAUCAAUUGCAAUUGCGCGUUAUUUUAGGUUCGAUUCGAGCACAUUUUCAGUGUGUGUUUUAAAUAUAAUAUUGUACGAAAGGGACGGACUUUUUCCCCGUUUUCUCGCCCCUUUUGUCGCCUUUAGCCAAUUUUAUCGACUUUUUUAAUUAGUUCCCGUUCGGAUUUACAAGUCGAGUCGGACCGUUUUGUGUACAUAUUUACAGGAAAUGCCAUCAGUCGACUUGUAAUAUUUACCUGUUUCGAUAUUGCGCAUAAUUUUUUCUUCUCAAACAGAUCGUUUUAUUUCAUAUCGGGCUGUGUUUCGGUUUUAGGCACGAGUCCGUCGUUGUGAUUUCCCGUUCUUCCCGUCGACGGGUUGUGUUUUAUUUCUCUUAAAAAAAAAAAAAAAAAAAAAAAAAAAAAAAACCGUACUCGGGUUUAUUAAUAAACAUUUCGACCUUAUGAGGACACACAGUGUUUUGGUGCCUUUCGAUCCGCACGAGGAUGGUCGAGAAACAUUCCUUUUGACGCUUUAAACUCUCGAAUCCAGCGUUUUAUUUAUUUAUUAGUCUAAUAAAAUUUAAGUAACCAAAAUGUUGUCGAAAAACACUGGUACAAAAGCUUUAACUGGAGGAGAUAUUGUUAAGGAGGGUUAUCUGAAGAAAUUCAAGGCAAGGGCAAGUAUAAUAACUAUGAGAAAGAAAUACUUCGUCCUGAGGGGAGAUUCAGCAGAAGAUUCUGCGAGAUUGGAGUAUUACGAUUCGGAGAAAAAGUUUAGGUCUAAUUGUCCUCCUAAAAGGAGUAUUACGUUAAAAACGUGCUUUAACAUCAAUAAACGGAGUGAUACAAAGCAGAAGUAUGUUAUUGCUCUGUACACUAGAAAUGAUUGUUUCUGUGUCGUUCUGGAAACCGAAGAAGAAAUGGUGGACUGGCUCAAGGCUAUGCUGGAACUCCAGAUAGGUGAAGCCACUCCUGUAGGGGAUCCCAUUCGGCCAAACUUUGAACAUGUAUGGCAAGUGACGGUGUGUAAUAAAGAGCUGGGAGCGAAAAGAGGCAUAGUUGGCCUCUAUCGACUUUGCCUGACUGACCAGUCUCUAUCACUCGUGGGACCCAUUUCAUCCGAAGACAGGAUAAAUUCAAUUGAAUUUUCCCUUCAGAAAAUUCGCCGUUGCGGUUGGGUAGACAACUUUUUUUACAUGGAAGUCGGCCAGUGCACUGUCACAGGAGCCGGAAACUUGUGGAUGACAGCUGAGGAUCCCAACAUUGCUGAAAACAUAUCCACAACCAUUUUGAAUGCCUGUAUGAAGUGCCCGAAGAAAGAUUCAAUACAAGCAAAGAUUCGGAAUCACCGAAUGGGCCAGACAAAUGAAUCUUCCAAGCCGAUUACACUCAUUCAAAGAUGGCCUACCCAUACCGCCUCAAGUGGGAGCAGUGGUGGUGGGGGUAGCGGAGGAUUAGGAGUAAAUCAUCAGCGUACUUACUCAUUUCCACUUUCUCCCAUUCCCCCUACACGACGAGCUAGUACUGGUACUCGCCCCACUAAAUACAUCACCUCAACCUCGCCUCAAUCUAGUCUGACUGGUGUGAGAGGAAGAGCAGACACUAUGCCUUCAAGGGCCAGGGCGACGAGUGAAUGCAAUCCUCACUUGCCUACCCCAAAUCGAAAUUUCACCUCUUCUCAAUUUAUGCAACAUUCCUCGAACAACCGUUGCAUAAGUUACUCUCCUCCAGUCGCAUCGAGUCCAGUGAGUCCUGCAAGUGCAGCCUGCUCCACCGAUUCGGCAGGUUCUUCUUUGUCCAUGGAUGGCGACGCUAUCGACGGACAGUGGGAAGAUACAGGGCGCUACUGCCACUCCUUGACGCCAGACGAGCCAGUAAUCCUCGAAGAAAAUUCCGACGAUUAUAGUCCAUGGCCUGGAAUAAGAGAAGAUGAGAAACUUAAUAACUACGUACACUCAGAGCCGAUGUUCAACCACAGUAUUGACGGAUAUAGAAAAAAUGCCACUAAUACUGGAAAAUCAAAUUCUCCGUCACAGGGCUCAUAUUUGGACAGUCCUUGCGGUUCGUCACCAUUGGACACGGGGAAUUAUCUCCCAAUGAGUCCUGCAGAGAACAGGGUGAACAUUUUUGGAAGAACGACCAUCAACCAUAGCCGAGGCAGCAGCUUGGCUGAAGAUGGAUACGUUCCCAUGGCCCCCGCAGCAUCAGAUGACGGUUACGUUGACAUGGAUCACGGAUCUAAUCGUAACCGAUCUGAUCGUUAUCAGAGUGGUGAACUCUCAACAGGUUCGAGCUGUUCCAUCACUUCUGGCACUCCUUCCACUGACAUAAGAUUCAGCGAAUAUCAGUUGGAUAAAGUCUCAUCCUAUUUCCCGGCAGAAGACGACAUACCAAAUAAUGAUAGACCAGUACGUGCAUACUCGGUUGGAUCUCGUCCUACAAACAACAAAAACAGAUCGGAGAUCAUCUCUGCUAAUACCUGUGAGAGGACAAGAGCGUUUUCAGUAGGAUCAAAAAACGUGCGUCCUAUAAACACUAUGAGGCUUUCGAUGAUCAAUCAACAACCUUUAUCAUCAAGCCACUCUUCAGUAGAGCCAUGUGAUGAUAUGAUGGUUCUAGACUUUUCUAAGAAGCAUAGAUUUCGUUUUAGGAAGAAACUUUCGAGCAAUGAAAGAUUGAGCGUCCCUGGUGGAAGUGUGUCGACAUUAUCAUCAACUGCCAGUUCCUAUUCGACUGCAGAGGGCAGUUACAUUGAUAUGUCAUCGCCAAGGAUUUCUCCAUCGCUUGCCCCUUCACCUCCGAAGAUGAGUCGUCUAGCUUCUUUCUUGGGAAAGUCACCUCCGAAACACUCUUUACAGGAUAUUCUUUCUAUAAACAAAGCAUCUCCUCCCGUCUCUGGAUAUCCUAGUCCGUCAUUAGGAAGAGUACCAGAGACUGAACCAGGUUAUGUCGAAAUGACAGUCGGUUCGGACAGUUCUCAAGGGAUGACAAUUUCAAAAACUACAAAUAAGAACAACAAUCAAGAUGACGCUUACGUGAAUAUGAAACCAGGAAAUGGAACUGUUGUACCUGUAAUCGCAAAGAACACAAAUAAACCAAGGGUGGAAACUUUUCCUCUCAUGGAAAAUGUCAAAAACAACACUUUUACAUCCAGUACGAGUAAUGUAUUUGGAGGAAGAAACAAAGACGAUUAUUUAGAUAUGUCAUUGAAAAGAAAAAUUCCUCUUAUUGAAGACAACAACAAUAGCAAAGUUAUUGUUGACAAUUCUUCCCCAAAGAACCAACCUGAUGAUUACGUCGAAAUGAAUUUAGGCAGUGAUUCAAAACCUAAACCGAGCACGUACAGUGGAGAGGACGAGUCAGAUUAUUUAAACAUGAGUGGCACAAAAGAUACAAAAACGUCAGAUAGUAGAUAUAUUUCUCAGCCAAUCACCAUUCAAUUCUCUUCAAAAGAAACAUCGGUGAGUCCGAUUUAUUCGAUCGCAGGAAGAAAACACUCAACAGGAACACCACCAAAAGUUCCUUCUUACCUUCCUCUCAGCAGUUCUCCAUCUUCCAUCACAAGUCCUUAUUCGACAAUGACCAGAUCAAAACAAAGACCGAAUCAAAGCAGGGAAGACAGCAGAGAAAGUCUUUUGACACCUACGCCUUCAGGUUCGACGAUAUUCCCGUUCAACCUUUGCAGUCCGGUUAAUUCGCCCGAAAACUACGAAUCUUCGCCAAAAUGUCCGGUUGAUGGAACUAGUGGAACAAUACGAUUGUCUUACGGAGACAAUAGUCAUUCUGAAAACGAUUUGUCCACUCUUCAUACUAGAAGUGAAUCUGUCGGUGAUUACGUGAACUAUGACCCUAGAGGGCUGUCAAAUACCGAUCAAGAGUACACUCUGAUGGAGCCGUCUAGGUCGUCGUUUUCGUCCUCCAGUCCCACGGCCAUACCCUGCAGAAAAACCUCAGCGCCCUCGCUCGGGGCGGCAAAGUUGAAGCCUAUGGAAAAACUGUUAAGCGGCCUGGGAAACUCCUUUAACAGCUUGUCCAUGAGCUCUUCUACAGCAGCCAAUCCUCCGAGUCCGAUCAACAGUGAAAGUGACACAAGUACAUUAGUUAAUGAGUCUGUUUCACUCGUCGAAGAAGACAUCGGAAAACAAGGUGAAAAUUCUUCAAGAAAAUCAUCUCUAACUGGAAUAGGGAAUAAAGAACUUCAUUAUGCCUCCCUUGACUUGAUGCGUUCAGGCUCUGAAAGCGAAGAUUCAAACCGAACUCUCAAAACUCAAACGUCCCUAACUGAAUCGUCAUCAGCCUCGUCUCCCAGUCCCAAUUUAACCACAGACGCGUCUGCGUUUAAUUACGCGGAAAUUGAUUUCGUAAAAAGUGGUUCCUCCCAAAAAACAAUACAUUAACUUUAGUUGUUACGUAUAAAUUAAAUGUUAGCUUGUACAUAGGAUUAAAUGGUUUUAAUGUGCUCUUCAAUACAUAAAUCUGUUCAACCUUUAAAGUAUUUAUGAAUUUAAUUGGCGUUUCAAUCUUAUCCUCCAAUAUUAAGAAAAAAUAUUAUUCAAAUGUAAAUAUAUAAAUAUAAAAUAUCUAUAUUUUUAUCCAUUAUAAAUGGGAAAUAGUUUAAUUUUGUUGAACUGAUUGUGUUACAUUGGAUGUAUCUGUACCGGCCGGAGAAUUUUUUAGUAAAUCGAAACUAAUAUUGAAAAAUUAUCGAAAUUGAAGAUCAAGUUAUAAAUCUAAAAAAAAA